GAAAUUUCCACCAUUGGAAGAUGCUGUGUGGGAUGAGCAAGAAGCUGUUGUGACAAGUUCAUGCUCUAUCCAGAAUUGCUCACAUAGCGAAAAUUUGUGUUUGAGAAGGCGGUCGUUAUUACUGAAGUCGUCCUUGCACGCAGAUGAGUAGACUUUCCCCAAACUUAGACAAACUCAAAGCGCUUCAUCACCUAAAACGUGACGCAGGUCUGGCACAACUGAUAUCUAUCGUUGCUAAUGACACUGACUUAGAUCUCGCCCUACCUGUCCAGGUUAAUAACUGUCUUAAAAGUGGCUUCAUCCCUUCAGAGUCUAGGUCACUGCAGCAAAAAGCCGAAGAGUUUUGUCGGAAAACACGCGUUAUCGCGAAUAAAUGUAAAGUGUUUGUGGGCAACGUGAGCUAUAGAGUGAAGUCAAGAGAAUUAAAGGAAUUUUUCGGCUAUUUUGGAAAAGUCAUACAUGCUGAAAUCAUUACAAAUCGCAUGAAUAAACGAUCUAGAGGGUAAGUAUGCCACAUAAUUCGAGGUACACAUUUUCUGCAUUUAAUUAAACAUGACAUGUUAUUGCCUGGGAAACUCCCCACCUACCCCUCCCCUAAUUAAUCCAGCAUUAACAAUAACUUCGUGAUGUCGUGACAUAGCCCCUUUAAGGCAAAAUUCUGGGUUAGGGGAAGGGUAGGUGGACAGUUUCCCAGAAUCUCAGACUGAUCUGCUGGUAGAAUUUGCCAGUGCACUUUUUCAUCUAAGCUACUGUUAAUAAUUACCUUGAUUAAAAAGUAAUUAUUUAUUUUUGAUGACGAUAUAUUAUAUUUUACUUAAUCAAUUAGUCCGGAAGUGGAGGCAGAUGCCUGUGCUUGGAGGGCUGGGCCAGUGGAGCCAAGAACUGCUACCCAGUUCAGCAUGGAGAAAUGACAGCACUGGGAGUAGCAUCCACCCAGGCACAGCCAUCACAGUGUUUACUAGCCUCCCACGCAGACAUUCUUAGGGCUUCGUCACACGUCUGCGUGGAAGGCUAAGUGUUUACCAUUAUAACCCUAGUAUACCUACCAUAUACUCAGCAAAAGGAGGGCUUGGUGGAGAGCAGAACACUCCACAAGUAUGAUCAGCAUAAAGUAAUGUAAACAUAAUGGCCUGUCCUCAGACAGAAAAGUUGUAAAUUCCGAAACGACCCUGUGAAGCUAUUUUAGCACCCCCAAAAGUAUAAGAAAAAGUGAGCAAAUAAAGUCUUGAGUUUAUCUUAGCAUAAAUUUCAAUAAGCUGCCUAGUGACACAAUAAUAAGCCAAUUAUAUAUGUUUUCUUUUGUAGCUUUGGAUUUGUGACCUUUAGCAAUGAAUGGGAAGCAAACAAAGCAAAGAACUCUUCGGAUGAAGAAAGAACUCUGGAAGGAAGGUUAAAACACAAACUAUGUCAAAUCAUCAUCGAUUGUCUUAUUGAUAGUAGGUCAUUACCUCAAGAGUAAUUUUAACAAAGCUUCUCAAAAGCCUACCACAUCAGUAACGAUCCACUGACGAUCAGAAAGUCAUUUCAUUUUCUGAAAGAUUUUUUUAAGAGUAGUUACUAGAACUCAAGUUGAAUACCUCAAUGAUUAUUACACAAUUUUUGGUGGUCUUUGUGGGUAUUCUUUAAUGAACAUACAAUGCACUUUGAAAUAGCCUCACUCACUAUGGGAAAGCACAACAACAACAAAAUGAGUCAGAAAUUACAUUGAUCACAUCAAUCACUUAGGGAAAAUAAACUAACAUAUGAGUAGAAUAAGAGAAUCUGUUUUUGCUUCUCAUCAUUUUUUCUGUGAGGUUUUGCUUCAAAUUCUCCGGUAAGUUUUUACCUUUCACUCAACGACCAACAUCUUCCAGAUGAAAAUUUAAUCUGGAAUAUCAAAGGUAAAUGGAUAUGUUACCAUCUACGUGAUUUAUUUCUAUCAAUUUAUUUACUCAUUAAUAAGUAACAACUGACAUAAAUAUGCAUUUUGUAGUUUUACAAGUGUAGUCCCUCUCACAUUAUAUUAUUAAUUUGUGGAUUUUUUAUUCUCUUUAAAUUAGAAUCAUGAAAGUUUGCUCUCCUGAAAGGAAGAAAAAAGGUUUGUCAGUUUCUGUAAUAAAAUUAUUGAUUUAAAAUGGCUAUCUGUAACUACCAUUGUAGAUAAUUAUUUUGUGCCCCAGAUGAUUUUUACCAGCAGAUAAUUUAUCCAUACUGACCAUGACAACAGUUUAACUCUUUGGUAUCAAUAAUAACUGUGCUCUUCUGUUGCGCAGGAUCAAAGGGAUUUGCUCAAGAGCCCACUUUAAAGGUUAGCUAGUGAAGUAAAUGAAUUUGGCUUUUCAUUGGCACUUUGCUAGUUUACUAGUUUAAAGGUAGCUCCUAAAAUAAUGGUCCGCAAUAGAUUUUUCGGGAUCCAGGAUUUAGCUUUUUCAAAUUGGAAGGUAGGUAUUUGGGACCAAAUGGGGAAUAGUAUUCUAGAAUAUCAUAGCUAUAAAAUUAAUGGAAGACAUGACUGUAGUGAUUUUAGUAAGUGGUAUUUAACAAAAUUUUGUUAGAACUGAAUAUUUAAAAAGAUCAGUAAGAAGCAUGAGUUCCAUUUUCUUAUGUAUUUUCUUAAAUGUCAGAGAUAAAAAUUAGAUUUCGACCUGACACAAGUUACCGGUAAUCACACAUUUUCCUCAACAUGGCUUUCGUUACUCUAUCACUUUUCUGUUCUUCCUGUCUGCUACAUGCGAUUGGGUAUCUGGAGAUAAGGAAAUGUGGACACUUUGCGAAACAUUUUUGGGAGUAGCAUCACCUGAUAGAAAACUUGAGGAUUGCAGGAUUGUGGGAACAGUGGUGAGAGGGUAAAAAUUUAGUACAGAAACACGCAGAAAUGGAAAGUGAAUCCAAAGGAAGAAGCCUGAACAUAUUUCAGUUAACUUAAACUAAAAAAUAACUCUGAGCUCUAAAAACAAAAUCUCUAUAAUAUUUGUGUGAGAUUCAAAUGCUAUUUUACAUGGCUGAAAGGUUUAAAAAAUUAAUAAAGCCAAAUGUUUUCAACUACUAAUUAAUACUGGUACCCAGAAUGCUCCGUUACAGCUGCCACAACACGGUUUUUAGGGAAAGGUAUUCUAACUGACUAAAUUGUUUAGGGGUGUCACAUUUAAACAAAACAAACUUUCUUUAGCAGGGAGUACGAAAAGUCUAAAGAAAAAUUCAGUGGAGCUCCUUUUUGCUUACUCUCUUGACACUUUUAUGCUAUAGGAAGCUCUUGAAUUUUUCACUGAAAAUGGUGGCAGUAACCAGGAACUGGGAGAUGUUACAAUGGAAGAUGAUGCUAUCAAGCAGAAUCUUAAUGACCCUAAAUCUGUGUAUGUAUAUUAAGCAAAAAAACCAAAACAAUUCUUGGUUCUUUUUCUUCGUCCAUCUGUUUAAACAAUUACCCACUUUUUAAGUUAGUAUUAGCUCAGUAUUUUGAAUUCUUAAGAUCUAGCUAAACAAAACCUUUUCCUACAUACACCACUGAUUAAUUUCCAAUAAAUUAAUGAUACCCUAUUCUAGACCAAGACCCUUUGAUGUCUAUACUUAAUCCUAGAGUAGACUCCUUCAAAGUGGCACAUACCCAUAUAGACCAUAUUAACCACCCUCCUCCCCCAACCCUGCUAUAUUUUAUUACCAGAAUUGCCACCUUAGUAGAAAAGGAAAUUUUCUUUUUUGACUAGUAAUACAGUGAGCUCUGUACCAAUAUUAAUAACAAAAAGUAUUCAUUUUAAUUUUAUUACAGGUCACCCAUUUUAAAGCUAAAUGAAUACACCAUGCUCCAUAUUUUCUGUUAUUUGAGUCCAAAGGAUAGGAUCAGAGUUGAAAGAGGUAGGUAAAACAACAGUGUGUCUGUGUACUCUGCUAACCCUCAAAGCCCUAAUAUCAACAGGUUCUCCUGUACUGUCCAUAUAUUCUCUAUAUUAGUUUCCCUUUUUUUCCAGUUUUGUCAUGUCCUCUAUGUUUGAUUGAGCAGUGAUCUUAUAAGGAAAAAUUAGAUGCAGAUUAGUGGUAGAUUGAAGGAUUAAAAUGUAAACCCACCUUUACAGUUACUGUAAGUAACAAUUUUAUCAUUACUUCAACAAAGUUUGACCAUGGUUUAAGCUGAUCUCUUGACUUCCAAAGGUGUUUAUCGCAUUGUUUUAAGUAGGUUAAUAACAUCUAUUGCAGGCGAAAUGGAAGUCAGCUGCCUUGAUAACACCUGAGUCUGGCACUCCAACCAUAGCCUCUCCUCGAUGGAGCCACCCACUCUGUGUCUAUUACCCAGCCACCAAAUCCCUCACCUCUCCAUCCCCCCUCCCCACUUUCACAUACAGACACACACAUACACACACACGCAUCACCACCAUUUAAGAGCCCUAUUGGUCAGUCACACUGAUAACUAUUAAUAUUUGAUUUCACUUUAAAAACCUUUCGAGCAAACAGAAGUCAUUUGAAAGAAGGUUAGGAAUAGGGCUGGUCUGAUAGGUUUCACCAACGCUAUUUUCUUUGAAAAUUGAUUCAAGUCAUUCAAGCACUUUCAAACCCUAGAGGCUAGGCCCUCAGAAUUUCUUGGUUUUGUUUAACUAAUUUGUUUGUAAUUUAGUGUGCAGACAGUGGAGACUGCUGGCUAUUAAGUCAUGGCACCACAUCACCCGUCUUGACUUCAAAGGAGCAUUUACUGCAUUUAAAGGAGCUGGAGGUAAAUGUGGUUGCUAGAGUACAUUUUUGAAGGUUGGGAAAACAGGUUGCUAUCGCUAGAGCCAGAACCCGGAGGAGAGAAGGGGGAAAUCUUCCUUUGCCAAUUUUUCAUGGACACCACCACCAUCAUAGUCUUAACAAAGCCUCUCAUUGGGCUGGGCUAAGAUGAUGUUCAGCGCGUUCUGGACUUCCAGCUGUGUACCCAGAUUUGAGUACUGGAUGAAAAAGACCUUUGUUUUGUUUGUCGCAAGACUGAUAAUAGCCUCUAGUUGUAGUAUCCACCAGCCUCAGGCUAUCAGACAAUGCUUUUUAUAUUUCUCUGUUCCAUACUUUUUUCCAUGUCCACCACAUUGCAUACACGAAAGGAGGAUGCCAACACUUGCCAGUGUGUUUUUGUAUUGGAAGUUGUCUUCCCUGCAUUGCUGGGACAUGAAUUAUUAAUUAUGCAGCAUUGCCAGGACAUAAUGGAUAACAUCCUCCUCGAUCUGCAUAAUUAAUGCCAAACGGCUACUUCGUUUUAUAUCAACUUUUUCCUUGGUUUUUGCAAAAUGUAACUUGCUUUGUUUCAGACUUAUUGUUAUACAUUACCUUUUAUUAUCACCCCCAGAAGCAAAAACAAAUCUAUACCCAGUACCUAACAACAGGUUGGCAUUUGUCUCUUUCAAUUCAGGUCUAACUGAUGAAAUUCUGUGGUCAAUUUUAAGACGUGGGUGCCAGAACCUAAAAUCUCUGGAUUUACCUCUUUCACCACACUUCUUAACUGAGUUUGCAAUUCUUUGUAUUGGUAAGAGUCACAUAAAUGUUCCUUUAAUGUUAGGCUCACUGUAAAAUGGGCUAUCAAAAGUGAUGUGUUGCCGAAAAUGUCAAGCGAGUCUCUUGGCAUUAUCUUCUUACAGUCAUUAUAAUUAUAAUCUUGAGUUUCGUAGAAAUUGAUAAUUUGAUAAGCAUGUAUAUAGCUAAAUGUGCGCCUGACUGAGUAGUUUACAAACAGUGGCUCGCUGCUUCCAGACUAUCCUUUUCCUUGAUACAUUAGACUCAGCUUUGAGACGGUCUGAGUUGCAGUGCCACUUGUGGAGUGUGUGCUUGUGUGUUACCAAGUAUUCAAAUAGUGGUCAUUCUUAGAAAGGACCAAAAGUAUUUGAAACUGGGGAACAUCUUACUUUGGCCACUGUUAGGUGUGGUAGGGUUAAAUUGACUCCAUUGUUUCUAGAGAUAGUGUACCCAUUGUAUUUCAGUACUAACAGAGCAUUUACACAAAACAAGUGAAAGGAUUAAAGAAAAAAAUUCCAAUGACCUUUGGUGGUCAGUUUUGAGUAACCUGACAAGCCUGUGUCUUUUUCCUUGCCAACAGCAAAGAAAUGUAAAACACUAAAGGAACUGAAUAUCAGUGGAGUUGAUGUGGGUACAUCAUCAAUAAAAGCUUUGUCCAUAAGCUGUACACAGUUAGAGGUAUAACAUCAACAACAUCAAUGGGCCCUGUGCUGCUUGAAGUCAUGUUAACUAAUUCCUGGUAGAAAAAAUUAUGUGAUGCAAGUUACAGAAUGCCAGAGAUUGAUGGAGUAUUAGAAAAUUAGGUAGAAGAGCAAUUUUGAGGCUAAUAAUGCAUAAAAUGUUAAGACUAAGAGUGUAUGGGUGUCGCAAUCUCUGGAAAAUUAUAUGGCUUUCUAUGGGAAAAAUUGCUGGACUGCAAGGCAUGUGUUUCAGCAACUUUUCCAUGAAUGCGCUUAUAAUAAUUAUAAUAAUUAUUCUUCAGUUUCUGAUAAGCCUAAAUCCCCCCUGCUAAUUCUUCGUAACUAGCUAGCACCAAAUUUGGAAGACAUUUGCCAAUUUGGAUACAGUUGAUGCAAGUUGUACCGAUAAUCACCAGAAAAGGACAGCAGAUGUUGUUGUAGCUCAACUGUGUAAACACCCUCCUCAAUCUGCAUAAUUCCUCUUAUCAUACUCAGUUUCAUCCCAUUGUUGGUAAUUGUAUUUUUCAUUAUUCACACCACAGUAAAAUCUAAAAACCUAGAAACCUGGCAGAGCCACUAUUUCUUAUGCUCUUUUUAAUUUAUCUCUGCUAUUGUUAGAGUUGUAUGCCAUAAUUGUAGCACAUUAAAAUGUCAUGCAACCCCCAGCCACAAAUGGCCUAUUGCAUCAUUUUUGUUCAUUGUAACUGAAAUUAAUGUUAGCUUAAAACGGGCAGUUCAGGGAGUUCAGGGGUUGUCGUAGACAGGCGGUUAUGGGCGGUUCAGGGGCGAAUGGGUUAAGAACUCAGGGCUGUGCUCUAGCAGAGCCCGGUGGUCCCUGGGGCCUAACUUUUGCUCUCGGACGACUAGGAAAUCUUAGUUUUUUCAUACAAAUCAUAUGCUGGGCACCCUUGAUUUUACAGUUUCAGAGCACUGGGCUCCCCUCAAUUUUCCUUAGAACACAGCCUUGGAACUGUAUUGUGCUUACUUUAUUAACAUUUUUCUUUUACAGAAAGUUACUAUUCAGAAGUGUUUCAGAUUAGGGGAAAAGGGGUAAGUGUUGACAUGGUUUACUUUAGACUGUAUUCAAAUAGGGGGUGCCCUGUGUGAAGUAUUUCUCGUUGACUUAAAUGCAAGUGCAACAAGGCAAUCUGUUCUUGCUCAAGAAAAGUGCACCUUAAAUACCUACUAUUGUUUGUAGAUAAGUUUUCCUUUUGACAGUUUAAUGCUUAGAGAGUUUGUGAAUUUAAAAAAUUAUUUGUCAAUUUUUCCCUGAUAAAGAAAUUUAGUGUGCUGGACUUUCAAUUCGGAGGCCCUGAGGUCAAGUCCCACCCUGAUCGCUAGCUUAUUUGUUCUUGGUAGUCGCGAGUUUAAAUCCUUGACCAUGUUUGUUAAAUAGCCAACUGGUUCACCUUCUACCAGUUGGCACUCUAACUAUGUUAUGUUCCUGCAUUUAAAAUUAUUCAUUUCAUUAUUCCUGAAAAGCCUCAUAAGGGAGGAGGAUAAUUAAAGUAUUAUUAUUAUUAUCAUUAUCAUUAUCAUUAUCAUUAUCAUUAUCAUUAUCAUUAUCAUUAUCAUUAUCAUUAUCAUUAUCAUGAUGAUGUUCAAGUUUCACAGUACGUGCAAGUUAUUGCUGUACUGGGCAGGAAAUCCACUAGGCAGAGUACAACCAGUCCUCUAAGCUUAGCAAAUAAAAAAUCUUUGCAAGAUAUGUGCAGAGGCAAGAACAGCAGGCAAGCUGUAGCUUUGGCACUCAGUCUCAAUGGACUGGAGCCUUAUAGAAGUUGCCCUUUUUUCAUUCCAGCGAUCCAACAAUGAUUGGAAUAACUGUUACACGCUUCUGCCAUAACCUGGAGAGUUCUAUGGCCAAGUCUUUACUAUUUUUAGUACUAUUAUUAUUAUCAUCAUAACAUUGUUUUAUUAUUUAUAUUCUUGUAGGCUCUGGUGGCUUUUUAAGAACUGUAAAAAGCUCUGUUACAUCAAUUUGGAAGGAAAGCAAAGCCUCAAAGGACAGGUAUGACUGCAUUACAUUCCUCUGCGUUGCAAUCUUUAAUCUUUUUAUAUUAAUUUAUAUUAGGCAUUCUUUAGAGCUUAGAGCAAUUAUUGAUCAAGAACUAUACAAAUAGACUUUAUUAUUAUUAUUAUUAUCGUGUUACACAUCUCUGUAAAUAUUCUGUUUAAAUUAUCUUACUGAAUCUGGCUUCCUGGCUUUUUCUAUACCACUUUUUUAAUUAAUAAAUAUUAAUAUAAUAACUUGUAAAAUGACUUACAUAUCUUGUUUUGGUUACAGUAAAUAAUAAAAUUGUUUUUGUUGUUCUUGAUAAUUUAGAGUAAUAAAGUAUGCUCCAAAUUUUAUUUCAUUACAUACUGAAAAACAAACAAUACCAUGUGAAAGCAGUGCAUAAAAGGUUCUAUUUGAAUGGUCACAUCAUUGGAUUUCAUCCACAGACUCAAAAGUAAGAACUGUCUUCACAUCUUUAAAGUUGAAUGUGGGUGUCACCAUAUCCCCAGUUAACAUCACUGUUGCCAUCAUUUUAUUUUACUGACAAAUUAACAACAAACCUGAGGUGAUUUUUCCUUCUUCUGCUGCCAUCUUAGGGCUGAGUAAUCUGCUCCAUAUUAAAUUUAUUUGUUGUGAUCGUAGUGUUUCUUUAUGCUUCCACCAACAUGUAAGAGUUUGCAUCUGAAGGAUUGUACUCAGGUGAGGUGUAUAAUUUGUCCUUUUAUAUGGUGAAAAGUGCCCUCUUUCAAAAGAGCAAAAUUUUGAUACUUACACACAAAGAAAGGGUCGCUAUAAGAUCCUGGAAAACUCCCCCUGCUCCCCACCUUCCCCUACCUUUACCCAUUUUUAACACUAACUUCUUACUUAUGGCAAAAUGUUGGUUUUGGGGAGGGGUUUGUGUUAAGGUAUUUUCCCAGAAUCUUAUACUGAUACAAAAAGUCUAGUAGCAAAUCAGAGCUCUCACUAGAAACAUGCAUUAGAAGUCAGCUAGCCAAAAUAAUAGAUUAUUGCUUUUAAUAUUAUGCUUAAAUUGCCACAAUAAAAGAAUUAAUUACUAGAAGCAAGAGUGACCAAUUUUUUCAGAGACCUAAUUUGUUUUCUUAAAUCAAAAGAUUUGUUUCAGCCCUGAAUUUGAAGUCAUUCUAGUUUUAAAAAAGUCUCAUUAAUAGCAUCUCAGUUGGCUUUCUCUUUUAAGACUAAAAACGGUGAAAUUUCUCAGGUCAGUUUUCAGUUUUUUUGGCUCAAAUCAUUCUCAGGUUUCUCUGCAAGUGGUUGAAUCAGACAUUGGGUCUGUAGGGUUAAACUGGCACUUUAGGGUUGAAGCAGAUCUUUUGCUGGAAUUUACAGUGUGCUCAUGUGAUUACUUAGCUCAUUUCCUCACUGGCUUAGAACCCAUGUAGUUUCUUAAAAAGCCAUAGUCCUUUCAUGCAAUUCCUCUCUAAUUUUUUCUUCCGAAUGGUGGAGAAAGUAGAGCAAAAUGUUUCAGCCAAUCACAACUAUGUAUUUUAAAACCAAUGUAUUUACGUCAUUGCUUUCCACUCGUCAUCACAAGACCUUUUUUCUCUCCAGCCUUAACCUGCCCUGAUUUAUCUUUAGUUAACGGAUAGAGGUAUGGGUUACAUUGGCGAUAAAUGUAAAGAUCUGAAAGCUAUCAAUAUCUCAGGAUGUAUAACGCUGACAGAUGAGGGCAUACUACAGCUCACUCAGGUUAGUAAAAUUAACGGUGCUAUUCAUGAAUUAUUACUCAGUAAUUAUUACUCACUCUAUAGUAAAUGUAAUUUAGGAAUCAAGCAGAGGUGAGAAUGUGCCAGGGUCGACCCAUCCCAGUUUUCAUUUGUAUAUUGGCUUUGUUGUUGGUUUUCUCUCUUGAAGCCCAGAGGCUUUCUUUGGAACCUGAUACUUUGGUUUUCUGCUCUUCUCAAAACAUAUACAUAUGUACUUCCAAAACUCCAUUUUGAUUUGGAAAACACAAACACAUUGCUAAAAAGGUCUUUAGUCGGCUAAGCUAUUUAUAUACCUACCCUCUUCAAAUAAAAAGCUGACUGACUGACUGACUGACUCAUUGACUGACUGACUGACUCAUUGACUUGCUGGCUGACUCACUGACUAACGUAAGGUAGUCAGUCUAUCACAGAAUUAGGCGACACAUCCCAUUUAAAUGCUCGAUGACAAUAAUAUUAGUCUAUUUGGCCGACUUACCCAGUUUCUUUUUACAGAAGUGCUGUAUGAUUGAAUCAUUGCAGUUUUCUCAGGCCGGAAAUAAUGGUAAAUAAUGGCAAUCACUUUCAAAUCAGAAUUAAAAUCCAGGGGCUCUUUAGUUUAGUUUUUUGUUUUUGUUGUAAUUGGAAAGAUUAUUUAUGCAAUGGAUAAGAGAUGGUUGCGAUCAAUUGUUAGAUCCUUUUAGCCGAGAUUAUUUCCAGUGAGUUUAAUCAGCUUUUUAUUGGUCGCAUUUUUUUGUAUUUAUGAGUUGACUCAUGGAAGCCUCCUACUUUUAAUAGUUACUGUCCAUGGAAUACGUGGUAUUGAAAAUUUGUCACUGCUGGUGAGUACAAACCUAAUUACGAUAUCGACUAAAAUCCGCAAACACGGCAGCCUGCCAAAGUUAAAUUACUCUUUUUUAGUCUCACUGCUCAUCCGUCACAAUGUCUUUCAGUAAGAGGCAGCGUGCUGAUUCUUCGGAUUCGCGAGUUUUCGCCACCUGCAUUAUAGGGACAACAAAACAAUUUUUCACAGAGGGGGAGUCACGGGCAUCCCAGCCCCCCCUUCAGGUACGCCCCUUCAGUUCACGUCCUACUAUUUCACUUGUGGGCACCACAGAGGCAUGUUGAAACACAGUCAUCUCAAGCUCUCUAGUUUUACUCCUUUCAAUGAAGGUUAAGACAGGAUCGUGCAUCAAUGAAGGUUAAGACAGGAUCGUGCAUCAAACAGUAGAUCUAUGACCAAUCAGAUUGUACCAAGGAUUUUAGUUUAUAACACGACUUUAAUAUUCACCUUUUUGAAGCAAGGUAGGAACUAUGAUGUUGCAUUGUAUUCCCUUCGUUUAGAAAGACUUGGAUCUGUCUAAGAAUGCUGUGGUUAAUGAUGAGCUGUUGUAUAGGAUCGGAAGAAACUGUAUUCAUUUAAGGUAAGUCUGCUGCUUCUUGCUGUGAGAGCAUUACGAAGAGGCUACAAUAAAACCCUGCAACUGAGAACCUGGAUUUUUCCAAGUUAGCCUAACAGGUUCUUGUAUAAAUGGUAGUUGGCACACCUUUAGGCUAUGUAGGUUCUUAAAUAGGUUCUUAGUUUCCAAAGAAAAAAAAUACAAUGUAGCUAAGAGUAUUUGGUGGUUCAGUUGACAUAUCUUAUAUUUGUCUAAGUGUGCACAAGUUUUUCAUAGAUUUUAGAAAAUAAGAACCUGUUUCAAAUUUUAGGCUAAAAAGGUUCUUAAACAAAGGGGGCUUAACUGGCAAAUUUUAGCCUAACAGGUUCUUAAAAUCCAGGUUCUUAGUUGCGGGGUUUUACUGUAUCCAGAAGAAACAUUUUGUAAUUGUGUGGCUCCUGGACAUAUUAUGCUCCAUUUACACCAACUAAUAAACACGUAUUUUAAACCAUUUUAUCUGGACUCUCAUAUGUAUUCAUUUCAGACUGACCAGCGGCCAGUUGCGUAGAAACUCGCGUCUGGCCUUACUGCUAACCUCUGGCUUAAAAUAAGGAGUUUUACAGCCUUUUCCAGGCGUUCAGAUAAUGAGGACCGCGGAAAGAGUAGUGAAUAGGGAAAAAAAUGGGGGGUGGUUCACUUUAUGAACGCCUGGACCAGGCUAAGAGUUUUUGUUGCGCUGAAGGAGGAGCGUUAGUUAUUACCUGCGACGUCAAGAAAUAUGCAAGUAACCUCUGAAUAUAAUCAUCAUCACUUACUGAAUUUACUCUUCGUUACGAAGUCGGUCCAGCCAUCAAGUAGGUUCCCAUGCAGGCGAUUUUAGGGGAGACGCCUGCUUGGGAUGCUAACCAUCGAGUGAGAUGUUCGGAAAUAUUGUCAUUGAUACAACGUUUCCAGGCAGUGGUCCGGAAGCCUAGCUUUUUUGACAUAAGUAAACUCAAGAAAAUAACGAAAGAGCUCACAACUGCAAGAAUAAGCUAAAAUACCAAUAAUUGUUAAUUAACAAAUUAUCUUCUCUCAACUUUUCAGAUCUCUUAAUCUUGACUCGUGUCACGGGGGAGUAACAGAUACAGGAUUACAGUGUUUAGUAUCAUGUUAUCAGCUUUCCUCUCUUGUUAUUAGCUACUUAGACAAGGUUGGUUCUCUUUACCACGUAUUGUUUAUUUAAGGGUUUUUUCCCAGCGGUAAUAGAAUCAAGUAGUUAACACUAAGCGAUGGUGCUUCUUUUAUUUUUUACUUGCUGCUUGUUGGCUUUUAAGGGCUGAUAACUUGUGUCUUCUGCAAGUUACCAAUAUGCCAUGAUUUCCGUUUCUUUUAAUGUUGAUCAGUUUCAGUCUGGGUGAAACUUUUCUGCGAGCUGCGAUUUUCUGUUAUAGUUUUCCGUGAACUGAAAAUUAGGUUCAAACUGCCAAAGACUGCGACUUGGUGGUUCCCUAGCUGGACGCAUCGAAAUAAUACCAGACUCUGCUUCCGCACCCUCUAACCCCACCCCACCCCUCCCACUUACCAACCCAAGCCCUGUUAAAAAACAACAACUAGCCGGACUUAUUCACUGAUAAUAAAACAUCCUAACUGUUUUCAGGUAACUGAUGAGGGCCUGGUACCCCUGUCUGCUAAUGGCUCGCUGGAAAUGUUAGAGGCUCGUGCAUGCACUGCACUCACUGAUAAAUGUAAGGCAGAUAUAUCAGCUUUUUAACUUAUAUCAGUAGCUUGCGAUCCACAUCCGCCUUGCGCUUGCCUUCGCUUGCCUGAAAAACGCGAGAAAACAACUCUUGUUCUGCAAUCUUCCAAUACAGUGGAGACUCGCUAUGAUGCCCACUUUAUAAGCUAACGUAGAAUCGUUAUUGCCAAAUUCUCAAUACUAUCCUGGGUGCCUGCUUCGGCCGACACGGAAGUAUUUCGCCUCACGCGAAAAAAAAAGAAUCUCUGUUGCCCAGGGUAUCUCAAGUUUUAUUUUUUGCAAAUUCUGAACGUUCGACUCUGGUUCCAGAUUUUAUUUUACUAGGAACCGGUAUUUUAAAAAAAUAAUUAUAAAUAAACAGAUAAGUACAAAAGUGCGAGAGAGUUUUUUACUUCCAGUUAACACUACGAUUUCAUCCACAAACACAGGAUCCAGUUACACUGAAUCUAAGUUUCAUUAUAGAACUGAACUGCAAUAGCUCCUUUUAUAUUAAAAAGCUGUUGCCUGGUUGUUGUUUUUUUUAUAGCGAUUGAGUGUCUAUUAAAACACUGUCAUGACUUGGCCGCAGUGGAUGUCAGUGGCUGUUCUAGCAUUACGAAUGUCUCUCUUGAAUUGUUAACACGGUACUGUUCAUUGGAGGAUCGACCCUUUCUGAUCUGCACUCUUGGAGGUAACAACUAAGCUCUACUUGAACUUUUACAGCAACUCUUGUCUUAAUUUUUAAUCUCGAGGUUGAUAUGGCAUCUCAUAUUAUCAUCCUAGGUAGAGUUUACGUUGCAUGUAAUUUUUACUUUCAUAUUUUGUAAGUGGUUGGUGUGUUGCCUAACCGGCUUUUACCAACCUAAUCGAUGAUGAUGAGUUUAGUUUUUGUUUUCGCCUCUCUUUGAAGGGUUUCGAAAUAGGCAGCAUUAUUAGCUCAGUCGGUAAAGCGCUUGAUUGCAGAGUCAGAGGUCGCGGGUUCGAUUCCCAGGACCGGACCAACACUCAAGGUCUUAAAAUAAUUGAGAAAUGAGAGUACUGCCUUUGCCCUGCAAACGGCUAAACCUUCGCGUGGCUCGGAUGACCACGGCAAGUGGUGGUCUCGUCUCCCAGCCGGGAGUAGACGGAAAAAUAGUUUCCUCAAUUAAUACUAAAGAAAUUUUUUUUAUGACUAAAGAGAAAGUAAGCGUUUACCGAUUUCUUUCAUCAGAAGAGAGCUCGGACUCGACUAAGAUUUGAAGCCGGUUACCCUCACUAACAUAAUAAAUAAACUGUCGAAUAACCCUUUAGGUACAGCUAUUGAUGGCGAGGAAAUAUCCCGAGUACAGCAGACCUUACAGCGCUGUCAACUGAGUAGCAGUGAUUACUCCAUUAGCGAGAGGUUUGAUGCCGUCCCAACACACGGUUCAGGUAGGUCAGUUACAGUGCAAAUGUUUUCUGACCCCGGGGGGGUACUUUAGGAAUUUCUGGGUGGGGAUGUGCCGCUGGGACCUUGGAACCCUUAACCUAUACCAGGGCUAAUUCAGCUGAAUUUUGCUAUCCCUAUACUAGAGUAAACUCCCCAAAUCCCCCCUAUCGUACUAGUACAGUCUAGCCAAAACAAAACCUUACACCAAAAUCCCUAGUCUAGAUAGAAUCUUCAACCAACUGAUCAGUUUCCUGAAAGAUGAUACCCUAUUCUAGACUCAAACGCUCUGAUUUAUAUGCCCUAUCCUAGAGUAAACUGCUUGAAAACCAUACCCUUCACAGCGGCACAUGCCUAUAUAGCCCAUAUAUGGCAGUACCCCCCUCCCCCGGGCCUGACAUACCGCUGUCAAACUUCGGAGGCAUUAUUUGUUUAAUUCAGAGGGAUUUCCUAUCAUUAAGUGAAAACAUGGGCAAAGAUGCAAAAAAUGAUUAGUUAACGUAACUUUCUUUGCUUCUUUCUCAAUAUAAUAUUCGCUGAAAAUCACUUUGCACUCAUGCAAAAUUACAUUGGCAAAGAGGGCCGAUAAUUCUGCACUUUCCGUUUUCAAACACUUAAAACGUUUUUGUAGUUAAACUUUCAAUGUGCAUGGGUUCAAAACCUUUAACAGUAUAUGGAUACCGCUAUCAGGUGCCUUCUAUAGCGAGGAUGAAGACGAUGAUGACGAGUUUGAUGAGUAUGAUAAUUUCGCUGAUGAAGAUGAAGAACAUUUCAUAACGUAGUUGAUGAAGACGAGACUUGGAUGGCCGAAGACUCGUUGUGGUGGCGGCCCGACGAUGGUGAUGCCAUUGAUUUCCUGGAGGCUGAUUAUCCCUCCUUGCUGGAAGAACAGAUGUACAGAUCAUAAUGGGUUGAAAUCCAAAGAGAAAGAUCUCGCCUGGAGCAAGUUCCGCUUGCAAUUAAAGUCGUUACUGCCAGACCUGACACAAAGCCAUAAGAUUGUGUGAUGUGGACGCGACUCUGUCAGAGAUGUGCGUGAGGCAAAACUAAGACUUUCACUUUCUGGGUUCAGAGGUUCGGAGAAAUACGUCUCAUCUCCUUGACAAUGUUUGCAAAAAACGGGAAGUUUUCGUGGCAUUGCUUGCAGUUAUUGUUUCCUUCCAGAGCGUGACACGGUUAUGGUUUGGCGUGAGUUCGAGCGUUGCUGAAAACUCUAUUUACUUUAAUCUCCAAUGAGAAAAAUGACCAAAUAUCAUUCGCCCGACUCUUAACAAAUGUGUGACGUUUAUUGAGUGACAUUCUUUCGAAGUCAUGAGACAAGUGAAGUGAAGGACUGCUUCCGCAAUACCCUCAAGAAACUUUACACACAAAAGCUUGGUUUGCAUGCUCUUGCGUGACAUGAGUACCAACCUCACGUAAUUUGCGUACUUAAAAACUUAAUUUGAGUGAAGCGUUUGGUGAAUGCUCUCAAAUAUAUUCCGUUACUACUUGAUCACGAUCUGUUGCCUGACUCGUUUUGAGAAUUGUGGAAUGUCCCGUGUAUAAAAUUGAACUGCCGAUACAAAGUACGAUGGAACAACGGAAAGACCAUGUCCCGGUAACCGUGAAGAAUUUUCGUAUUCUUGCGAAGCCAUUAGACAGAUGGGGUGAUGACAGCCUGGCUGUUACGAUUAAAUAACAACACUCUCGAGAAAGCUGGGUUUAUUUCCGUAUGUUUUUGUUUCCUUUCGAUAUGCUG